AUGGGCGCCCUGAGGUGGCUUUUCUGGGCUGGACUGGGCUACCUGAGCUGCUGCUGUCCCCCCCAGGUGCAGGCACAGUUCCCCCGCGCCUGCAUGACAGUGGACGCCCUUCGCUUGAAGCGCUGCUGCCCGGCCUUGGGGACAGAGCCAGGCAAUGUCUGCGGGUCCCUGCAGGGCAGGGGACGGUGUCAGGGGGUGCAGGCAGACACUCAGCCCUGGAGUGGCCCCUACACCCUUCGAAAUGUGGAUGACCGGGAACGGUGGCCCCUCAAGUUCUUCAACCAGAGCUGUCGGUGCGCAGGAAACUUUGCCGGCUUUAACUGUGGUGACUGCAAAUUUGGCUGGACCGGCCCCGACUGCAACGUGAGGAAGCCACCAGUUGUCAGGAAGGAUGUCCGCUCCCUGACAGCAGAGGAGAGAGAGCAGUUCUUUGAUGCUCUAGACCGUGCAAAGACAACCAUUCACCCAGACUAUGUAAUUGCAACUCAGCACUGGAUGAGUCUGCUUGGCCCCACUGGAGAGGAACCGCAGAUUGCCAACUGUAGUAUUUAUAACUACUUUGUUUGGCUUCAUUACUACUCAGUCAGAGACACGCUAUUAGGACCUGGCCGCCCCUUCACAGGUAUUGAUUUCUCCCAUCAAGGACCUGCCUUUGUUACUUGGCAUAGGUACCAUUUGCUGUUGCUGGAGAGAGACCUGCAGCGACUGAUGGGCAACGACUCCUUCGCGCUGCCCUACUGGAACUUCGCCACUGGUAGAAACGAGUGCGAUGUUUGCACGGACCAGCUCUUCGGAGCAUCGCGGCCGGAUGACCCGGGGCUGAUCAGCCUGAGCUCCAGGUUCUCCCGGUGGCAAAUAGUUUGUAACAGCUUGGAUGACUACAACCGCCUGGUCACGCUGUGCAACGGGAGUGAUGAAGGACCGCUGCGGCGGAGGCCGCCCGGGGUCUCCAGCGAGCAGCUGCCCACUGUGGAGGACGUCAGGAGGUGCCUUUCCCUGCAGGAGUUCGACAGCCCCCCCUUUUUCCGCAAUUCCAGUUUCAGUUUCAGGAACGCGCUGGAGGGCUUCGAUAAACCAGGUGGAGUCCUUAACUCGCCUCACGCAGCCGCCAACGAUCCCAUCUUUGUGGUUCUUCACUCCUUUACUGAUGCCAUCUUUGAUGAGUGGAUGAAGCGGUUUAGCCCCCCUGACAAUGCCUGGCCUGAGGAGCUGGCCCCCAUCGGUCACAACAGACUGUAUAACAUGGUGCCUUUUUUCCCUCCUGUGACCAACGACGAGCUCUUCCAAACUGCGGAGCAGCUCGGCUACACCUACGCCAUUGACCUGCCAGAUUCACUUGAAGAAACCCAAGCGUGGGCUGUCGUGGUUGGAUCCACAAUUGGAGGAGCACUUAUAGCCCUGGCCAUGCUCGUUCUGCUGCUUGUACUUUUCCAGCACCGAAGGCAGAGAAGAGGUUUUGAACCACUGAUGAAUGUGAGCUUCAGCCCCAAAAAGUACAUGGAAGAGGCCUAG